GCAGAGCAGGAGGGGGUGAAAACGUGAAGCGCACACUUCAGUUUGUCCGUGAAACCGCUAGGAAAAAAGUUGUUCGUUGCAGUCCUGGAUCGUUUGGGCAUUGAACAAUGACACUGUUGUUUCGCCUUUUGGAGUUGCUGGAUAUCAAAUCAUUUUUACUUUGUCUUUUCGUGUUUCUUCUGGUGUAUGACCACAUAAAGACUAAACCACCUAAUAAUUUUCCUCCGGGGCCAUGGUCAUUGCCUUUUAUCGGCGACUUGCAUCAUCUUGACCCCAACAAGAUGCACCUGCAGUUUCAAACGUUUGCAAAAAAAUUCGGACCCAUCUUCAGCGUAAAAAAUUAUGGACAAAGGGUUGCCAUUUUCAAUGGGCAUAAACUUGUUCGAGAGGCAUAUCAAUCAGAUAACUUUACUGAUCGUCCAGUUAUACCAAUAUUUGCUGAUACUGUUGGAGAAAAAGGGUUGAUUGCGUCCAAUGGAUAUGCUUGGAAGCAACAAAGGAGAUUUGCUCUUCACACUCUGAAAAAUUUUGGAUUGGGCAAAAAAAGCCUUGAACCGUCUAUCCUUCAGGAAGCCAGGUGUCUAAACGAAGCCCUCCUAAAUGAACAAGGUAAACCUUUUGACCCACAAAAUAUCAUGAACAAUGCCGUGUCCAACAUCAUCUGUGUACUGGUGUUUGGGGAGCGUUUUGAGUACACUGAUGAUGACUUCCAAUCCCUCCUGAAGGACAUGAACGAACUUUUAUAUCUAGAGGGAGGAUUCUGGGCCCAGCUGUACAACAUGUUCCCAUGGCUUAUGCGCAGAGUACCGGGUCCACACAAGAAAAUAUUUUCCCUGUCGCGCAAACUCACAGUCUUUGUCAAUAAAAAAAUUGACGAACAUCAAGCAGACUUUGAGCCAUCUAACCCUAGGGACUAUAUCGAUUGUUUUCUUGAUGAAAUGGAAAAGUGGAAAGAGGACAAAGAGGCAGAAUUUACUCUGGAGAACUUGUGCUACUGCACCAUGGACUUAUUUAUAGCUGGAUCUGAGACCACAUCCACCACCUUGUACUGGGGACUGCUGUUCAUGAUCAACUAUCCUGACAUUCAGCGAAAGGUGCAGGAGGAGAUAGACCGAGUGGUGGGAUCCUCAAGACAGCCUUCUGUGGCCGACCGGGAGAACAUGCCUUACACGGAUGCUGUGAUCCACGAAACUCAGAGAUUCGGCAACAUCGUUCCUUUGAAUUUGGGCAGGAGGACCACCAAAGACACCCAAGUUGGAGAUUACACCAUACCUAAGGGCACAGUAGCGAUUGGCACCCUGACUUCCAUUUUGUUUGACGAGACUGAGUGGGAGACCCCUCACACCUUCAACCCAGGUCACUUCUUGGACGCAGAGGGAAAGUUCAGGAGAAGGGAGGCCUUCCUACCAUUCUCUCUGGGGAAAAGAGUGUGUUUGGGAGAGCAACUGGCUAGAAUGGAGCUAUUCCUGUUUUUCACCUCUCUGCUGCAGCGAUUCACCUUCUCACCACCAGAUGGCGUGGAGCCCAGUUUGAACUACAGACUUGGCAUCACUCACAGCCCCCAACCUUACCAGCUCUGUGCUCUUCCUCGCUAACCUGAAUGUAAACUAAUGCCAAAUUGCAUAAUACUGUAACUGAAUGGUAGAGAAUCCAUAUAACUGGAGAUACACAAAACAUGAUUAUGUGUGUGAUGUAUAAGCCAAUACCAGGGGUACUCAACUAGAAACUGAAAAGCUAAACUCGCCCAAUUUUCAAUGUUUCCUGGGUCCGAAAAAGUCACUGAGUUGUCAUUGUGAUGAUACUUAAUUUGGCUUCACAGAAAUAUACCUACAGGUUGCAUGGCAGAGAAAUCUCGUUGAUACACAAUGAAAAUAAAAUAAUAAUAAUUUUAAUUCAUGUAUUAUGUGCAGAGGGAUUUUGUCUGGGUCUGGAUGGCAUUGUGUUUGGGUCCGCAUCCGGACCCGAGUCCGCCACUUGAGUAUGUCUGGCCUAUACUAUGCAAAAAUUCACCUUUCAGUAUGCAAUACUAAGGCAGGGAUGUCAAACAGGCCAUCUGCAGUGUCCUUACAUUUGGUCUGUAAGAUAUAUUUUACAGUUGGACCACAUAUGUAUUUGUCUUGAAUACAACAUUUGUGUGGGCCCAGGCUAGUGUAACAGCAAGAGCCUUAGUCAUAUCUCCUACUCAUACAACUGAAAAUGUGAAGGCACACUUGAACUUAAGUAUAUGAUGGAAGUAGGUCUAAAUGCUUGUGAAUUUGGCUAGCUUAAGUAUUUCAGUCCAUUUCCAAUUCAAUUCAAAUCUGUCCAUUCUUUUACAGAGUUUUGCGAGGGCCUGCACACCUUGGAAGGUUUUUAUAGCAGGUGCAGCUUUUUCAAGUACCACACAUAGUUUUGAUUUUGUAGAGGAAGAGUACAACACUGCUUCGUGUUAUUUUUGGCUUGCUGAUGCUUCGACAUUAGGCCUUUGUCAGAGUCUCCACUGAUGAAGGCCUAGUGCCGAAACCUCAAUAAGCCAAAAAAUAAAACUGUGCAACUGCAGUGUUGCACUCCUCCUCUGCUAGUCCACUACUAUUUUUUUUUAACAUUAAUACUGAGUUUGGCCAAUUACUUUGUUCCAGGUUUUCAUUUUGGCCCUGUGUAAAUUUGCAUUUGACAUCCCUGCUCAAAGACCUAAUAUAUCUAGCAAUAUGUUACAUUGACUAGGAGUGUUUGUCUGUUUUUAUGUGAACAUGACACUACAUUAGAAAUCAAGCGAAACACUAGCAUCAAGAUUCAGCAUUCAAAACAGACAGGAUAUUUAGACUAGAGGACAGUUAUACUACAGUAAUCACUCUGGGCGUUAAGGGAUAUUUUGCAAUCAAAUUCAGUAAGGCUAUUGCUUUUUGAAUAUACACUACAAUUAUAUAGCAUUUACAUUACACAACACUUCAUAGAUCACUCAUCAUUCAAUGCCUUUUUUUGAUUUGUUUGUCAGGACAAAACAGGAAAACAUUUUUCAUCAUUAAAGACAUGAUCCUUAAAGCAAUAACCACAACCUUUGAGCUCAACCACUCAUUUAUCAGAUUAGAAUCAUUAUUAUACUACUGUGGAAUGUUUUUAUUGCGAAGUGAACCUGACGAAGCACAAGCGAAACGCAUUGUUCACCAAAAUUAAAAAAAGCAAAUCAAAGCAAAAUUAAAAAAAGUCCAACAAUGCGCUGUGACUCGUCCUCUGUUCUCUGGAUUACUGUGGAUUGUGUCUUUAUCCAUACAUUUCUGUACUCUUGUCACUUUUUACCAGAAUAUUUUUGUAUGUACAAGAAAUGAUAAAUGUAUUGAUGAUAAAUAAUAAUAAAAUAACACAACUGGUCAUCUA